UUCAAAUAUAAACAUUUCUAAGAUCUACAGAUAGACUGGGCCAGGGUCGCGCACCAUACAUCUACUGAUAUAUAUCCAUGGAAUAGAAGAAGGAGAAGGAUGGAUGAUGGGUGCAUGGGACGCCAUUGAAUCUUCUCUUCAAUAAUAAACACUUUCCUAAUCCCUUAAAUUUUUUAGUCAUUCAUUGUUUAAUCAUUUGGAAUUCAUCAUCGUGACUUGAAUGAUCACAAUCCUCACGCAAACCACCACUUUUUUCCCCCUACGGAUUUCUGUAUAUUUACACCUGUCUGUCUGAGCAUAGAAUCACCACCACAACUUUUCUGCUCUAAAGGUUGCCCCCUUUAAAGCUUCCCCUAUGAUCUCGAGAAGUUUCGGAUAAUUAAUCCUUUUUGUGUUUAUAGCAAUUUUUGUUUUGAUAGAAUUUUGUACUUACGGUGGAAUUUUUUGGGGAAAAAUAGAACCAGAAUUAUGGAGAAUGAACGGUCGCCGACGGCGGUGGAUAUAGAGAACGACGGACUCAGUCGGGAGGCGUUGAUGGUGAUGAAUCACGAUGAAAGGAUUAACGAAUUGGAGAGGAAACCGUCGUCGUUUUGGAACAGAGAUAGCGAAGACGUGUUAAGGGAACCACUCUUGAAGCUGAGGAGCAGAGUCAACACAACUUCCCAGAUUGCCAUCGUUGGCGCCAAUGUUUCCGCCAUUGAAAGCCUUGAUUACGAGCUUUUGGAAAACGAACUCCUUAAACAGGAUUGGAGGUCUAGAAAGAAGGUUCAGAUUUUUCAGUAUGUUUUCCUCAAAUGGGCUCUGGCACUUCUCAUUGGAUUGAGCACUGGCGUUGUUGGUUUCUUUAAUAACCUUGCUGUGGAGAAUAUUGCUGGUUUUAAGCUCUUGCUUACUAACAGGCUGAUGAUCCAGCAGAGGUACUUCCUGUCAUUUGCAGCUUUUGCGGGUUGCAAUGCAGUCCUGGCAACGUGUGCUGGGGUAUUGUGCGCGUUCGUUGCCCCUGCAGCAGCUGGGUCUGGUAUACCAGAAGUGAAAGCCUAUCUUAAUGGUAUAGAUGCUCAUUCUAUUCUGGCUCCAAGCACCCUAUUUGUUAAGAUAUUUGGCUCAAUCUUUGGAGUUGCUGCUGGAUUUGUCGUUGGCAAGGAAGGACCCAUGGUACACACUGGUGCUUGUAUUGCUAACUUACUUGGGCAGGGAGGCUCGCGCAAAUAUCAUUUGACAUGGCGAUGGCUUAGAUACUUCAAAAAUGACCGCGAUAGAAGGGAUUUGAUCACCUGUGGAGCCGCUGCUGGCGUUGCAGCUGCUUUCCGUGCCCCAGUUGGUGGUGUCCUUUUUGCCCUCGAAGAAGCAGCCUCAUGGUGGAGGAGUGCACUUCUCUGGAGGACAUUUUUCACCACUGCUGUAGUAGCUGUGGUCUUGAGGAGCCUCAUUGUCUUCUGCAGGAGUGGCAAUUGUGGCCUUUUUGGAAAAGGUGGUUUGAUCAUGUUUGAUGUUAGUUCUUCUAUGCCUGCCUACAACACCCCAGAUCUUCUGGCUGUGAUUUUGAUAGGAGUACUUGGAGGUGUCCUUGGAAGUUUCUACAAUUUUCUUGUGGACAAGGUGCUGCGGACUUAUAGCAUCAUUAAUGAGAAAGGUCCAAGUUUCAGAGUUCUACUUGUUGUCUUUAUUUCAUUGUUGACCUCUUGCUGUUGCUUUGGCCUGCCUUGGUUUGCAAGGUGCAUCCCCUGUCCAACUGGAAUAGAUGAAGAAUGCCCAAAUAUAGGUCGCUCUGGAAUGUUUAAAGGUUUCCAAUGUGGGCCAGGCCACUACAAUGACCUUGCUUCCCUUCUACUUAAUACAAAUGAUGAUGCUAUUCGCAAUUUAUUCAGCUCAUCAAGAACUAUUCAUGAAUUCCAGAUCUCCACACUUCUAAUAUUCUUCGCUGCUAUAUAUAUUCUUGGGGUAAUCACUUAUGGAAUCGCUGUUCCUUCUGGGCUAUUCAUCCCCGUAAUACUUGCUGGAGCCUCAUACGGACGGCUUGUUGGACGCCUUGUUGACAUGUUCCUUGGGAAUGCUUCCAGUCUUGGUGUUGGCCUCUUUGGUGUCCUUGGGGCGGCAUCAUUCCUUGGUGGCACAAUGAGAAUGACAGUAUCACUUUGUGUUAUUCUCCUUGAGCUAACUAAUGAUUUAUUAAUGCUGCCACUGGUCAUGCUCGUUCUUCUAAUUUCAAAAACAGUGGCUGAUUGUUUCAAUAAAGGUGUUUAUGACCAAAUCGUGAAGAUGAAGGGGAUGCCUUUCAUGGAAGCCCAUGCUGAACCAUACAUGCGGCAGUUGGUUGCAGGAGAUGUUUGUUCUGGCCCCUUAAUAACAUUUUCUGGUGUUGAAAAAGUUGGGAACAUAUUACAUGCUCUUAAAAUAACUGGACAUAAUGGGUUCCCUGUGAUUGAUGAACCCCCUUUCACUGAUGCCCCAGAAUUGUGCGGGCUUGUUUUGAGGUCACACUUGGUUGUUCUUCUCAACGGGAAAAACUUUAUGAAACAUCCAGUGUUGAAUGGAUCCGAAAUUCUUAGAAGGUUUCACGCGAAUGAUUUUGCUAAGCCUGGAUUAGGAAAGGGUCUUAAAGUAGAAGACCUGGAAAUUUCUGAGGAGGAGAUGGAGAUGUAUGUUGAUCUUCAUCCAAUUACUAAUACAUCACCAUACACAGUUGUAGAAACAAUGUCAUUGGCCAAAGCUGCAGUUCUCUUUCGUGAGCUUGGUUUGAGGCACUUGUGUGUUGUUCCAAAGAAACCUGGGAGGCCACCAAUUGUUGGAAUUUUAACAAGGCACGACUUUAUGCCUGAGCAUAUCUUGGGGCUUUAUCCACAACUUAUCUUUUCCCACAAAUUGUAGUUCCAAAUGACUGCCAUUUGUUGGAUGUUUAUAUAUGGGGGAUGAGGACCUGCUCCGGCUCUUGUAGUUUUUAGGUUCAUGUCGAAUACGUUUCCCAGCCUUAGAUAUACCUUUAUCAUUCUUUUUAAAGAAAAUUUUGCCUUGAUCAUGUUCCAUCAUGGCGCCUCCUUCAAGGUGAUUGAAGCUGGAUUCUGUAAGUAAUAUAUAUGGUUAGUGAUGGGGUGCAGUUUGGCUUGGGGUGCCAAUCUUUUAGUGUAAAUUAUAUCUUCAUUUCUGUCAAGUAAGUUUGACAGAGGAAUACUCUUUUGCUAGUACAGUGCUUAUAGCAACUUUUGAUUCUACUUGCAUUUUUGUUUUUUGGGUCCCAAUUCUUCUUUUAUUAUCCUUUUUUUUUCUUGUCCGAUAUGACUGCAGAGAAGAGAGUUUCUCUAAACAAAUUGAUUUUUUCUCCUUGCAAGGAAGAACAUAAUAAUAUCUGAGUAACGACUGUUUUAA